GUUGUCUGCUUCACAAGGAUAUGUAAACUAUCUCUGUUCCAGUCUAACAAGUUAAAACAUUACUUUUUUGGUUAAAUUAUAUCUUCGUGAAGAUGACUUUCGAGGUUUUAUCGUAUGAGAGUUUGGUGCACGCUGUGUCCGGAGCAAUGGGAAGCGUGACUGCCAUGACAGUAUUCUUCCCCCUGGACACUGCCAGGCUGAGGCUUCAAGUGGACGAGAAGAGGAGAGCCAAAUCCACUCCCGCCAUAUUGGCAGAAAUCAUCAAGGAGGAAGGACUACUGGCUCCAUACAGAGGCUGGUUCCCCGUCAUCUGCAGCCUGUGCUGCUCCAACUUCGUCUACUUCUACUGCUUCCACACUUUGAAGGCCAGCUGGCUGAAGGACCAUCAGUCAGCUUCUCGCGUUGACUUGCUUGUUGGCAUCGCCGCAGGUGUUGUAAAUGUACUGGUGACCACUCCACUGUGGGUAGUCAACACGCGACUGAAGCUGCAGGGCUCCAAGUUCCACAACACCGACAUCCGGCCCACCAACUACUGUGGCAUUUGGGAUGCUUUUGUGCAGAUCGUCCGCGACGAGGGUGUGGGAGCGCUGUGGAACGGCACCUUCCCCUCCCUGCUGCUGGUACUCAACCCUGCCAUCCAGUUCAUGAUCUAUGAAGGUCUGAAGAGGCAGCUGAGGAGAGGAGUUCCCAGGGAGCUGUUGUCUUUGGAGGUUUUCGUGAUUAGUGCGGUCGCCAAAACGGUCGCCACUAUUGUGACCUACCCACUGCAGACCAUCCAGUCUAUUCUCAGGUUUGGUCAGUUCAACAAGUCAGCAAACAAGUCGACGCUGAUGUCCAGCUUAAUGACAGUCAAGUCUGUACUAGUCAACCGAGUCAGGAAAUUGGGUAUCUUGGGUCUGUUCAAAGGCCUGGAGGCCAAGCUGACGCAGACGGUGCUGACGGCGGCCCUCAUGUUCCUUCUCUAUGAGAAGAUUGCCAGCUGCACCUUCAGAGUCAUGGGACUGAGCAAGCACAACAAAUGACAACAAACUUGUGGACACUCGGUACUUGUGUGUUAAUAGGAGACGGUAACAGGUAGUUACUGUAACAGAUUCAUCUUAUUUGUCUAUUUCCAUUUAUUUAUUUUGAACUGCUGAUAAUUAUGACUAUUAUAUUCCUUACUUUAUCGCAACUCUGUACCAAUUCCUGCAGUUUAUACAGUAUAUACUGUAUGUAUAUGAUACAUAUUGUACAAUAUUGUAAUACAGUAUGUAUAUAUUCCAAUACAUACUGUAAAUGCCUCUUUUCAAAGUCUCCAAUAGUCGCUGGGUGGUUUUUAACAACACUACAGUUGUGGCUGUAGGCAACCAAAUGAUGUAGUUUUUAUUAAUGCCAUGAGAUGACUGUAUUUGAAAUAUGGUUGUUAGGCAUGUUUUUUUAAUAGUAUUUUUAUAUUUUGAAAAUUACAAAUCAAAAAAUAUUUUUAAAGCAAAAUUAAUUUAUUAGGUAUUGCUUUGUCACUGUUACCAGCGUUACCCCACACAUCAACUUCCCCUUAUACGUGCUAAUAAGUGAAGCUAACGUUAGCAUGCUAACAUUAGCAUUUUUAGCCGUUUUCAUUCGUUAACCUUGGCAGACAUUUAGCUCUGUCAUACUCGGUUUUUCAUUGCUAACAUUGGUAUAGGAACAUUAUAGCCGUUUUUAUGACUAUAAACUUAUAAAUAUGUUCU